GCGGUUUGGUGUUGCCACUGUUGGACCUCCAACGCUCCCGGUCCCCCAAACUAAACCAUCUGCAACUUUUAAGCAAGCAAAGAAGCCAAAGUGAGCGAGCGUCACUAAUCAUUUCGCAAUGGAUCAGCACAAGCAUCGCACGGCUGGCGUCCAGGAGAAGCUGGAGAUCAUCGGGGUGGAGGACGAGUCCGGGAACCCCAUCAGCGCCCUGACCAUCCUGUCCCUGCUGGAGCGCGUGGCCGGCAUCAUCGACAACGUCCAGUCCUGCCAGCAGCGCAUGGAGGAGCGUCAGCAGGACCUGGAGAACAACAUCAAGACCAUCCAGGGCGACGUCCUCAAGCUGGCCAAGGACCACACGGACACCAGCGGCACGGUGGAGAAGCUCCUGCAGAAGACCCGCAAGGUCAGCGCCAACGUCAAGGAGGUCCGGACGCGCGUCGAGAAGCAAAACGUUCGCGUCAAGAAGGUCGAAUCCACGCAGGACGAGCUGCUCACCCGCAACAAGUUCCGGGUCGUCAUCUAUCAGGGUGAGGCCGAGGUCCCAUCGGUGGCCGUCACCAAGUCUCCCAAAGGAUCCAGCCUGGAGGGAUUGGAGAUCGAGCCCGACUCCUACGACGUCCCCGUGGACCUCUCCUCCGACGAGGAGUACCUGAGCGUGGAGGAGGCCGACCCCUCGCGAGCCGCCCGCAUCAAGAAGUCCAUGGCGAAGGGCACCGAGAGCCUGAAGGCCGCCUUCUCCAAGGAGAACAUGGCCAAAACCAAAGACAACCUGGGCACCAAGUUCCACAACCUGGGCGAGAAGGUGAUGCCGCCGGAGCGCCGGGACAAGAUGCACCAAGCCGGCGAGCGGCUGAAGCAGUCCGGCGAGCGGCUGAAGGAGAACAUCGCCAAGAAGGCUCCGAACAAAGAGACCUUCCGCAUCAAGCUGAAGAAGGAGAGAGCCGUCGGCGAGGGCCAGGAGGGCGCCGAGGCCGAGGCCGACGCCGACGCCGAGCUCCACAUCCGGGCCCCGAGCGCCGAGAAGCCUGUCGCCUACACCGAGGUCGCCAUGGAAACCAAGAGGGAGGGACCCGUGGAGGAGGCUGGCGCCACCCGGAUAGGGGAGGAGGAUUACAGGAAGUAGAUCAGACGUCAGAUCAGACAUGAAGAAGAGGCGGGAAACCGGAGGAAGCUCGUAAUGUCGAGGGUGUAGAGAAGAAGGUCUGUGAUUGGUCGACAUCGAUGACGGACAUUUUUAUUUGUGUUUUUAA